AUGGCCGCCUUAGUGGCUGACGAUUCACAAACAACGCACGUUGUCGACGACAAAAACGACUCCGAAAACAACAUUUUUGCGAAAUUUCAAAACGAGGUAAGCACAGCCCAAGAUUCGACGGUAGAAUUAUCACCCACGAGUCCAGAAAUCGGGAAGAGAAGACGGGUACAACAUGAUUAUCGACGGCUUUCGAGUUCUGGAUAUUUAGAGGAGGUUUACAGCGACUACAGACAGCGUUAUUCAAGCACGAGCGAGUCCGAAGUUUCCACCACACCAUGUGCCGUGAAAAUCGUCCGAACACGGUCGUAUUCUCCGGGUCGUGCAUCAGAUGAAAGUCCAGCAGUAAUGAACGGCAAUUCACCUACAUCUUUACCGGUGUUUACCCCAGCUGCAGGUGAUGGUAAACAAAGUAACAACAUGUGCCUGUCGCCUCGGAUUGUGAAAAAUGACGGCUGUCCGAAAUUAAAAUUACAUAUAAAGAAAGAAGACUAUGAGAGAAAGCCUAAGAAGCAUAAAAGGCAUCACCACCACCAUCAUCACCACCACCACCAUCGAGAACGGUUGAGCUACGUUCCUGUGCCCGAUGUAGAUACCCCAAUUACAACCCACAGACAAACGUCCUCAGAGUUACCAGACAGAGAUCGCCUUCUAAAAAAGACUGAUGCGCACACAAACGGUACCAUCGAUGGUGAGUUUGGAAGGUACAUGCACAUUGAACGCCAGCCGAACGGGGGCGCUUCGGUGUUACACGUUUACUCUGAUGAAAUCGAACACCUUCACUGUGAUGAGAUGGAACGAUUUGUUAAGGUGUAUUUCGAGAACGUGUACGGAGAGAGCCAGCCUGGUGUAGCCAAUCAUGUCAUGGGAAUCGUCCAUGGAUCGGCAGCUUAUCUCCCGGACCUUAUUGACUACUUUUCAACACACCAUCCCAACACCAUCGUCAAGAGCCAAUUGAUGGGUAAGUCGGACAUUCUCUCCACGACCAUGCCGGAGUUCCGCAAAGAGAUCCGACGGACAUAUCGCCACGGAACAUACCGAUCGGGGCCAUUACUUCAGAUGAGCCUGGUAGGGACGGUCAACGAGGAAGUUGGCGACUUCUUUGAGGAUUUUGUGGACCUUCUUGAGCAGGAUCCAUUUUUGAAGUAUGUGAUGCCUUGGGGACCAGCGUCCGUGGUCAAGAUGAACAAACGGACAGAGAGUAACGAUGGGCCAAUCUUAUGGGUGCGACCUGGGGAGCAGAUGGUACCAACUGCUGACAUGCCAAAAUCACCCAUGAAAAAGCGAAGAGCGGCAGUCAACGAGUUACGAAACUUGCAGUACCUACCCAGAGCGUCGGAACCACGUGAGAUAUUAGUUGAAGAUAGAACGAGAUGUCAUGCCGAUCACAUCGGUCAAGGGUUCGAGCGAAUGACCACAGCGGCUGUGGGCCUCCUGAAAGCAGUACAUGCUGGUGAUGAAGGUGGUCCCGACCGAGAUGUGAAGGAUGUUGUCGCUUUCUCAGCAGCCAACUUCUUUGACGUCGUUGAAGGCCUUCAACUGGACUUACAUGAACCUCCUGUUUCUCAGUGUAUUCAGUGGAUAGAGGAUGCCAAGCUGAAUCAGCUAAGACGAGACGGCGUCCGCUACGCCCGCAUCAAACUCCGCGACAACGACAUCUACUUCAUUCCCCGCAACGUGGUGCAUCAAUUCAAGACGGUAUCAGCCUGCGUCAGCAUCGCCUGGCACAUGAGACACAAGAUGUACUAUCCCAACUCCGAGCAAGACGAAGAGGAGGACGAGUCUCUGGAGAACAAAGAGAACAAAGAGAACAAAGAGGCGACGGAGCAGGAGGACAACAACGAUGCGCAGCAGGCCGACAAAGUGACUGGAGUGGAGACUAAGAUGGAGACGGGGGAGUCGUAGUACACAGUCGGUGCGGUACAGUCAGGCUAUGCACUUUCAUCACACCAUCUUUGUCUAGCUCCUCGUUUACGUAAUGAAGAUUGCAGUCUUAACAAAAAUGGGCCAGACAAUUUUUUUCGGUCUGUUUUUUGUCUGAGAGGAAAGCAAAUGGGCGCUCCGUACUCGCAACUCAGUGUACUAUUUCAGAGGACCCGAUUUUCAUAAGUUUUUGUAUUUAUUGUGAGGUUACAAGGGGAUGGUGUUGUAAAGAGAUGGUUGCAUUCAAGAGUUGACAAGAUUAUGAAAGAUUUUGAAGGAUCGGACAAAAUUUCAUUGAGAAUAAAAGUUGGCUUUCCGCAGAAAAAUCUUGUUAACCAGAAACAGUUUACAGUUCCAAAUGCCAUGCACUGGCUUGGUUCCAAUGGUGCCCUGCUUUUUUCAUUGAAAAGCAAAGGUUACCAUGUUGCUUUACUUACUAAUUUCAUAAAACCUGUAAGCACAAAAGCUUGCUAGUAGCACACACAAAAAAAGCUUGCCUAGUGAAAAUAUUGUACCAGCCAGAUCACAGUUACCAUUACUGUGACUGGCUUAGCAAAUUUGCUGUGCAGAAUUUUCUGCUUAACAGCUUUAUGAAAUAGGGCCCAACAAAUUUUUUGACAAAACCAAUCCAUACCUCACCAUGCCAGAACAGUUGUAUUUUGAGGCACACACAUGCUGAUGUAGAGAGUAAAGCCUUUGCCCAAAGUGCUUCAAUGAGAGUGGUAAACUGGAGAAGCCAACAGCUGUUCUUAAGUGCAUUGGAAUUUGAGAUAAGUUUCUUAACCUUAGGUAUGUUUUGUUCCUGUGGCAAUCUGGAGCACUAAUGGACCAUAUAUAAAAAACCAUUGAAAAAGAAAACAGUUUGGCAUGGGUUAGUUCAGUGUGUGCAUACCAUCUUGUGGCAAGGUGAAAUGUGACCAUAUGGAAGGAUUAUCAAAGAUUUUCUGCAUAAGUAUUGUAAUGAAAUCAGACUUGGUCAUGAAAACCAAAAUUGGACUGUUUUGGUUGUAACCUUUAAACUCUCGUUGGUUGCAAUUACCGAAAUGCUGUUUGGCAUAGUAUAUUGUAAUAAAUGGUAAAACACAAGCUGUGACCUCAAAUCAAUGGUGAACGCGCAAGAUAGUAGCCCAUUUGUCUUGCUAACCUGUGAACUACACUUACGGUGAGGCAUUUUUUUCUGCUACAGUUUGCACUAAAACUUGCUUACUGUUAAGCAGUGCUAUGAAAUUGGGUCCACAUUCGUCAUUGAUCUCAGCGGGUACUUUGUGCUUAUCAUAAUUCUCAACCAUGUUGUAAAUUAAUGACUCGUUGAAAAUUGCAGGAAUGAAAUUUAACUUCUUUUUUAAAAGUUAUGUUUAUACCGGAAACUUUAAGAUGAAGAAGAAAUCCUUGGUGUUUUUCAGAGCUUUAUAGCCACAUCAAGGUAGUGUUUUUUUAACGGCUCAUUAUUUAUUCCUAUGGUCUUGACAGUUUGAGUGCAUGCGUGGAAUAACUCCCAGGUCAUCAACUGACAACAUUGUUUUUCCUGGCCAAAUUCUAGUUAAAACACCUGAGGACCUUUUAUAUAAUACUCUCCAAAAAUGGUCUGGCUGGCUUGUACAGUUUUGAAAAGCAUCCCUAUUUUAUAUGAAAUUUGAAUCAGUAAAAAGGCUGAUGGAAUAGUGAAAUGGCUAGAUAGCUGCUCUGGCUUGUAUUUCAAACAUUUAAGUGCAAACCCUUGCACUGUCGUCACUUGUAGCUACUCUCUGCCUAUGGGAAAAUUGCCUGUGAAUCUAUUGUGUACUGCUAACCGCAUACACACAGUCUAAAAUGGACCCUGCCCUGCUUGUAGUAACUUUGGAGCUUUCAGAAAUCACAGUUUCUCCUUAAGCUGUUUUGGACAGGCCCAUGUAUGGUUUGCGCAAUUGGCUUAUCUUGCAGUAAUAAUUUGCGCAAUUUGACGAUUGUGCAGAUAAUGGUUUGCGCAAUUUUGACGAUCGAGCAGGAUUGGUUUGCGCCGGGACAAAAUUUAACCCUGUGGAGAACCCUGAACUGUCUGCUUGGGCUCAAGCUCGGGGUCAAUUUUGUGGGACUGUGUGGACUACACUCAUUAUGAGAGUUAGUUUUUCAAAAAUACCACUUGAACUUACUGCUAUUUAACUCAACUACCACGUUUAGAACUUUAUCAUGCUGCCUCCAUCUUGGUCAUGUUCCUCGUAUUGAAUAAUAAUAAUGUAUGCUACAUGUAGUAAUCAUUCUGCAAAAUAGGCACCAGACUAUUUUGUUCUACCAGCCUUGGUUUGGUAACGUUGACAUCAAUGGGACAAAUUCAAGAUAGCUGCACAAUGAUAAAGGUCUAUUGCAUCUUAAGCAAAGCUUCAAAUCAAACUUAAAGGGAAGGUACACCUUUUGAUUACUGACUAGAUGAUCCAAUGUCAUUUAAUUUAAAGGGAGGGUACUCUACUGAACAAAUUAAUUUAAGCAUCACGAACUUACUUUUUUCAGAGCAUUGGAGAGCUGUUGAUAUAUUUUUUAAAUGUUAGGAACAACCCCCUUUUAAGUAAUGUUGAACUACAUUUCCUCUUUCUCUAAAACUGUUUAGAAAAAAGGGUAAUUUUUCACCAACGACAUUUUUUGUGAACAAAAUUUUCGCUGUAUCUGGAAGCACAUUCUGUGCAACAAGGGUGUGUUUUUUUUUCAUUAUGUUCUUGCAACUUAGUUGGCCAGUUGAGCAUAAACUUUCACAGGUUUGCUGUUUUAUGCACAAAUACUUUGGGAUGCACCGAGUUAGGAUACUGGUCUUUGACAAUUACCAGUAGUCUACCCUGCCUUUAAAGUCAAACCCGCUACAAGCUCUACCAAACGCACUUAAUUGUUUACACAAAAUGACAACAAAUUUUUGAUUAAAAAAACAGCAAUAAAUAGCUUUUUGGGGGCGAAAUUUAAGAAAACAAAUUUGACAAGUUCAAUUAUUGGAAUAAAUUUAUUUUUCUAAAAUAAUAAGGUUGUAUGUUCCCUUUAAGAGAUUGAAGGCAGGGCUGUAUGCUACGUUUUUGAAAGGGCAAGGGCACCAAGGCAAUUUCUCUUUGUCAAAGGGCACCCUAUGAGGAAAUUGUAAAA